AUGCGGCAUUCUAUUUGCAAUGCGACAUUGCAGGUGGUUCUUCAUCAAUUCACAAACAAUGGACCUGGGAGGAAAAUCGGAUACACCUUGAUCAAAGAAAGUGGAAUCGAUUUGUGGAGCAUACCGCCAACAAGAUUGGAAGAGAAUGAGAAAGUGAAUUAUGAUGCAGUGACGAUCGCAGUUAAAAAUGCGCUUCGAUUAAACCGUGCAAUUCAAGCAAAAGAUGGUCAUUGGCCUGCAGAAAAUGCGGGCCCUAUGUUUUUCACUCCUCCACUCCUCAUUGCUAUGUACAUCAGUGGAGCCAUAGAUACACAUUUAACCACAGAACACAAGGCAGAAAUGAUACGUUAUAUCUACAACCACCAAAAUGAAGAUGGAGGGUGGGGAUUUUAUAUAGAGGGCCACAGCACCAUGAUUGGAUCUGCUUUAAGCUAUGUAGCCUUACGGUUACUCGGAGAAGGACCUAAUGAUGGGAAUGGUGCAGUGAGCCGAGCAAGAGAGUGGAUACUCGAACAUGGGGGUGCAAUGUCGAUUCCCUCUUGGGGAAAAACUUAUCUAUCGGUGCUUGGGGUGUAUGAAUGGGAUGGGUGCAAUCCACUUCCGCCAGAAUUUUGGCUUUUCCCAGAAACUUUACCAUAUCAUCCAGCAAAAAUGUGGUGUUAUUGUCGGACAACUUAUAUGCCCAUGUCAUACUUGUAUGGGAGAAAAUUCCAUGGUCCAAUCACUGAUCUUGUUUUGCAACUUCGACAAGAAAUUCAUCCGAUCCCAUAUGAUAACAUAAACUGGAAUAAACAGCGCCACAACUGUUGCAAGGAAGAUCUCUACUACCCUCAUUCAACAGUUCAAGACUUGUUAUGGGAUAGUCUUAACCACUUCAGCGAGCCACUUCUUAAGUAUUGGCCUUUUAAGAAAUUAAGAGAAAAAGGUCUCAAAAGAGCAGUUGAACUAAUGCGAUAUAGUGCCGAAGAGAGCAGAUAUAUCACCAUCGGAUGUGUUGAAAAGAGCCUGCAAAUGAUGUGUUGGUGGGCAGAGAAUCCAAACGGGGAUGAAUUCAAGCAUCAUCUUGCUAGGGUUCCGGAUUACUUAUGGCUAGCAGAAGAUGGAAUGAAGAUGCAAAGUUUCGGGAGCCAAGUAUGGGAUUGUACACUUGCAACUCAAGCAAUAAUCGCUAGUGAUAUGGUUGAAGAAUAUGGAGAUUCCAUUAAAAAAGCCCAUUUUUAUAUAAAAGAAUCCCAAAUUAAACAAAACCCAUCUGGAGAUUUUAGUAAAAUGUGUCGACAGUUUACUAAAGGAGCAUGGACUUUCUCUGACCAAGAUCAAGGUUGGGUUGUCUCAGAUUGCACAGCUGAAGCACUUAAGUGUCUUUUAUUACUAUCCCAAAUGCCAGAGGAAAUUUCAGGAGAAAAGGCUGAUAAUGAAAGAUUAUAUGAGGCUGUUAAUGUCCUUCUUUACUUACAAAGUCCUAUAAGUGGAGGUUUUGCUAUUUGGGAGCCACCUGUCCCUCAACCAUAUUUACAGAUGUUGAAUCCUUCGGAGAUUUUUGCAGACAUUGUUGUUGAGAAAGAGCAUGUUGAGUGUACAUCAUCAAUUAUUCAAGCCCUUUUAGCCUUCAAAAGAUUGCACCCAGGUCAUAGGGAGAAAGAAAUUGAAAUUUCUGUGGCAAAAGCAGUUAGUUUUUUGGAGGAAAAACAAUGGCAUGAUGGUUCUUGGUAUGGUUAUUGGGGAAUAUGUUUCCUAUAUGGCACAUUUUUUACAAUAGGAGGCUUAGUUUCAGCUGGAAAAACAUAUAACAACAGUGAAUCAGUUCGUAAAGCAGUCAAUUUUUUCCUUUCAACACAAAAUGAAGAGGGAGGAUGGGGAGAAAGCAUACAGUCUUGCCCUAGUGAAGUGUACACACCAUUGGAUGGAAAUCGAACAAAUUUAGUUCAAACAUCAUGGGCUAUGCUUGGUCUUAUGUUAUGUGGACAGGCUGAAAGAGAGCCAACGCCCUUGCAUAAAGCAGCAAAGAUAUUGAUUAAUGCGCAAAUGGAUAAUGGAGAUUUUCCUCAACAGGAGAUUACUGGAGUCUACAUGAAGAAUUGCAUGCUGCAUUAUGCAGAAUACAGGAACAUUUUCCCACUUUGGGCACUUGGGGAAUAUCGCAAACGUGUUUGGGUCAAUUAAAAUCCAUAAAAUAAAGUGAAAAAAUAUAUGCACAGAUCAUAAGCCGGAUUCUAUGUAUAUUAAUUAUUAAACUCCUGUGUCAAUAAAAUGACGCUUAAUCAUAAUUUAUAAAUGAA